AUGAGGUUCUCGACAACGUUCAUCAUGGCCUCGGUCGCUCAGGCAGCGGCGGUUGUUCGCCAGACUGAAGGGUUUGCCCCGGGUGCUGAUGGGAAAUAUACCAUUUCCGCUCCUGGGAUCAAGGCUCAGUUCAUCCCCUACGGCGCCACGCUCACCAACCUCUUUGUUAGAGAUAAGAACGGUGAUGAUAUUGAUGUUGUCUUGGGAUACGACGACAUUGACUACUACCCCGUCGACCCAGGCCAUCCCGUCUACAACGCCAUCCCGGGACGCUACGCCAACCGCAUCGGCAACGGGAAAUACUCCAUCGACGGCGUCGAGUACACCACGCAGAAAAACGACGGCGACAACACCCUCCACAGCGGGACGAACAACUGGUCGUUCCGCUUCUGGGAGGUGACUGCCCUGUCGGAGGACUCGAUCACUUUUUCGAUUUUGGACAAGUCCAACUCUUCCCUGGGGUUUUUCGGCGAUGUCAAGUCGAGCGUGACAUACAGCGUUACUGACAGCACGUGGAAAAUAAAGAUCACGGCUGAUUCGCUUGAUCAAAAGACUCCGAUCCUCCUGACUCAGCACACCUACUUCAACCUCGACGCCUACCGCAACCCGGCCACCUCCCUGAUCUGGGACCACACCCUCCACCUCCCCUACUCCUCCCGCUACCUCGAAGCCGACCAAGGCGCCCUCCCCACCGGCAAGAUCCUCACCGCCGCCCCGGGCUCCAUCAACGACUUUGCCUCCUCCGCCAACCUCAAGUUCGGCCACUCCCGCGAUGACCCCAAGUUCCAGGGCAACUGCGGCGCCAACGGCGCGUGCGAGGGGUACAACGGGUACUGGCUCAUCGAGGACGCCCCCGAGGACGCGGUCGUCCUGACGUUGGCGAGCGAGUUUAGUGGUGUCAAGGCGGAGCUGAGGACUGAUCAGCCCGGGGUGGUGAUUUAUUCUUGCUCGUGGAUGGACGGGAGCGCGGACGUGAAGAAGAGCACCCAGGGGCUGGGGGAGAAGAACAACAAGGUUGUCAAGAGCAGCUGUGUCGCGAUUGAGGCGCAGGAUUAUCCUGAUGGGAUUAACAAGCCGGAGUGGGGACGUCUCGAGAAGCAGAUCUUUGGGCCGGGGGAGCGGUAUGUUCAGGAGACUUCUUGGACUUUUGGACUGGUUUAAGAGUCGAGGGAAAUGUGAGGGAUUGUUGGAGGGGAUGAAGGAGAGAUAAGUAUAUUGUUGGAAUGGUGGUAUGAGUUCAAAAUUAUCUGGUACAUACUUGUAGUCUGCUUUGAAGAAAAUUGGCUUGUUGACAUUGAGAAAGAAAGCUUUCCAUUAUGAGGUGCUGAGCACAGAUACGCCCUACCGAAGCCUUGAGUGAAGUUAACCUUUCUUGAUGCACCGGUAAUGAAAAACAUGGGGCUUUCAGCUUUUCAUGAUAAGCAGUCCAUCCACAUGGCAAUAACCGUGAAACAGCCAUGUAUACAACUCUCAAUCAACGCUUCUUUGAAACACCUAGCUUCUGCUCGC